AUGAUGCCGGCGGUGGGAGCCGUGGUGGAUGCAGCCAUCGGAUGGCUGGUGCAGGGCAUCCUGGGGAACCUCUUUACUGAGAAGCUGGAGGCAUGGACUCAAAGAAUUGGCCUCGCCGACGAUGUGGACAAGCUCAAGUCGGACAUGAGAUAUGUUCAGAUGGUAGCUGCUGCUGCCAAAGGGAGGAAGAUCGAGAACGAGCCGUUGGCUCAGUCCCUGGCUGAUCUCAAGGAGCUGUUGUACGACGCUGAGGACGUGAUGGAUGACCUUGACUAUUAUCGCCUAAAAGAGCAGGUCCAGAGUGGCAAUACUAGGGGUGGUACCGGUACAACUACUGCAUGCAAUGCUGCAACUUCAUCGACGUGGUCUUCAUGUUCCAUUCAACAGCAUGGAGGCACCUUAAUCAGAAAUUUGAGUAACUCUAUCUCCAUGGGUGGCUCUAGGGGUAAACGGAAAAGAGAAGAUGACCACACCAUUGCUGCCUGCACACACCUCAACCGGAGUGAGUUUUCUCGAAGGAUCAAAGACAUCCGUGGCAAACUACGAGACCUUUGGCGUGAUGGUGACAAGGAGAUAUUAGACCGUGUCUCGGAAACAAGGCUACCAGAAACAGACAACCUGGAUGGGCUUCAGGAGGACCUAGUUAAACGCAUGGAAUCCAAGAGGUUUCUAAUUGUCUUGGAUGAUGUCUGGGAUGAUAUGAAGCAGGGCUCUUGGGAAAAACUGUUAGCUCCUUUAAAACGUAUUCAGACAACAGAAAUGACACAGACAGUUGAACCAGUCAAGUUAAAUGCUUUGGAAGGGUAUGCUUUAUGGCAAAUGUUUAUAUCAUGUGCGUUUGGUGAUGAGAAAUAUGAAGAGCAUCCAAGUUUGUGCACUAUUGGGAAGCAAAUAACUAAAAAGCUGAGGGGAAACCCAUUAGCAGAUAUGGAAGGCAUUAUGCCUGCAUUGAAGCUCAGUUAUGAUUACCUGCGGACUCCUUACAGCAGUGCUUUAGAGGUGGACCGCAUUGGCUCUCCGACUGGAGUUCUUCCGCAUGCUUUGAUCAAAAUUUUCCAUCUUGAAGUAUUAGAUGUUGACCCCUAUGUAGGUCUAACUCUUCCCAGUGAUAUGAGUAACCUUGUCAGCUUGCAGCAUCUUGUUGGGGCAGGGGAAGUACUGUCGACCAUUGCCAGCGUUGGUAAUGUGACCUCUCUUCAAGAGCUUCCUGUAUUCAAGGUUCAAAAAGCUAGUGGGUUUGAUAUAAGACAGCUUAAAUUCAUGAAUCAGCUUGUACAACUUGGAAUUUAUCAAAUUGAAAAUGUAAGAAGCAAACAAGAGGCUACUGAAGCAAGACUUAUAGAUAAAGGGCACCUAGAGGAACUGUGCUUGUUGUGGGAUUCUGAUAGCACUAGUUUGGAAACUUCAACAGAGACAAUAACUGAGGUUCUUGAGGUUCUUAAACCUCAUCAAAACCUGAAACAUCUCCAGAUAAGUGGUUACAGUGGUUCUGUAUCUCCAAGUUGGCUCGAAAAGUUUUGGUUCCUUAGGAAGCUUAAGUUGAUUAAUAUCUGCCAUGUACAAGAAGUACGAAUUCCUUGUUUAGAGGAGUUGGUGCUAUCUGGACUACCAAGAUUAGAAAAAUGUAUGGCCACUUGUACGAGGGAAUUGGAUUUUUAUCUACGGGUACUGAUAAUUGAAAACUGCCAUGAACUGAAGGUCUUCACUCCAUUUGAAAUUCAGAAUUUAUGCUCUUCUGAAGUUCAACAAAGAUCUCAGAUGCUGAGCCUGAAAGGCACUGGUUCAGGAUUUUCAUAUGUUGAAGCUGAGCGAAACAAAUGGUUAUCUGGUCUUCGUGUGCUAAAGAUACAUGGAUGUCCUCGUCUGAUGUUGUUACAUCCCCUGCCGCCCGCUGAAAAUACUCAAGUAUCAGUUCAAGCGCUUCUAACAUAUCCAACAGUAGAGAGAAUGAAUUCAAAUGAUUUGUCGGUCAUGUCCUCAAAGGAAUUGAGAGUGCUUAAUGCCAAGGUUUUGGAGUUCCAAAAUCUAACAGACGUGACAUCACUGCACAUAGAGCACUGUCCAAAUCUGGUGUUUCUUUCAUCUGAAGGCUUGAGGCAGCUCCUCAAUUUAAGAAAGAUGGCAAUCGUCAGUUGUGGUAAUCUGGUUUCAUCAUGUAUUGUGCCUAAUGCUGUCUCUGAAUCCUGGAAAGCUACAGAUCAUCCUGCCUUUCCACGUCUCAAACAUCUGAGAAUCGAAUCCUGUGGUGGUAUAGCAGGCAGGUGGCUAACUGAAAUGCUGCCUCAUAUGCAGUCCCUUAAGGAACUUGAUAUAGAGGGCUGUCCCCAGAUGAAAUCCAUAUCAAUCCAUCAUCCCAGACAAGAGGCGGAGAGUAGCAGUCUGGCUUGUCAAGCAGUCUUACCAACAAGCUUAGGCCAAGAUGAGUUCCUCUUGCACAUUCCACUAAAUGUCCUUUCAACACUGGAGAAGUUCCAUAUUCAGAGGUGCCCAGAAAUGCAGUUAUAUAGCAGCAGCAGGCAGGGGUUUAGAGGGUUCACCUCCCUCACGGAGCUAAUCAUUACAGGUUGCCCCAUGCUGAUUUCGUCUGGCAAUGAGAGGUUUUCCGUUCCACCAUCUGUGCAAUAUCUUUGUAUUGAGUUUCUCCCAAGAAGACUGCAGCCUUACUUUCCAGAGAACCAGAGCUCUCUCAGAUUUCUGUCAGUGCGGGAGAGCCCAGACUUGCAGUCUCUACGGCUGCAUUGCUGCACGGCUUUGCAGGAGUUCCAGAUCCAGAGUUGUCGACAGGUGGCUGCAUUGGAGGGCAUGCAGUAUCUGAGUUCCCUCCGAGUCUUGUCAAUUGAGAUGAAUCCUGAACUAUGUGCUUCAUGGGUUCGAAGGUGUCAAGACGUGCAACAGCGAAGUGGUCACACCCGUCUUCUUCCUCCGUCGCUUGAGAAACUUAGCAUCAGACAUCUCCAGGAUGGCUUGGCGCCCUAUUUACUGGCCCACGGAACGUUCCUCUUCACGCUGGUGGUAGAGGAUAGUCCGAACCUGACAUCUUUGCAGCUGGGUUCCCUAGCAGCACUAAGAAACCUGCAGAUUCAGGAUUGUGGUUCCCUCACAUCUCUGCAAGGCGUCCUCCCCAAACUAGAAGUGUGUUUCUGUGACAGCCAAAACUUGACUUCCCUGCAGCUCGGUGCGCUCACAGCAUUGGAAGACUUGACAGUCUAUAGUUGUGACUGGCUCACUUCACUGGAAACCUUGGCAUCACUCGGGAACCUUGCUGAUUUGGCAAUAUACGAGUGCCGCAGCAUAGCCCCAUUGCUGGAGCUUUUGUCACGACAGCCUGAAGGUUUUAGUGUAUUCCCCCGACUGGAGAGGCUCUAUGUCGAUGACUUAUCUGCCCUCGCCAUGACUUUCUUCAAACACCUCACCUCUCUCCGUUACCUAAGAGUAACUUAUGAUUCAAACAGAAACAGUGUCCGCUUCACGGAUGAACAAGAAAAGGCGCUUCAGCUCCUCACGUCUCUGCAGUGUCUUGCAAUUUUGGGUUUUCUGGAUCUUAAAGAGCUCCCUGCUGUGCUGCAUAGUCUUCACUCCCUCAAAAGGCUAGACGUAAGGGGUUGUCCACGCAUCUCAAGGCUACCUGAAAAGGGCCUUCCACCAUCGCUGGAUGUGCUGGAGAUCAACGACUGCAGUAUGGAGCUUCAGGAGCAGUGCAGGAUGCUAGCAACAGGGAAGCUAAGGGUCCAAAUUUAUAAUUAUCAUCGUUGA